GUUCGUUUAGCGGCGGGCCAACGGUGCGGAUACUUGACUUGGGCCUGGGCUGAGCUGCCAACUGAAUGUGUGAGGUGUGCGAAUCUCGGCAAUCUAUCUGAUCUGGAAUCUCGGUUGAUGAUAUCCAUCCUGCCGAAGAUCAAAAGUUCCAAAACACCAAAAAAAAAAGAAGUGUCAAGUGUAGACGGCUGAAACAAAAUAUUAAGUUAAAACCAAAAUAUAAUACAAAACUGGCAAAAACCCCUGCUCGUGUGUGCGCGUGCAUGUGUAAUUAAUUUUUGGCAUUUAAAUUGGCCGACACCGGGGCCUUAAAUCAAUUUGACAAAUUUGCAUUUCUCUGCCAAAUGCCCAUAAACAAUUCAUCAGAAGGCGAGCAAACAAACGAAAACAAACAGCAGAUAUUGUUUACAAUUGCCUAAAAGGGCAGGGGACAACCGAAUAAAAUAGUUUUGCAAAUUCAUUCCAUGACAAGUGGCUAAAACAAUAAGCACAAAACGUUUUAAAACUCUCUCUCUCGAAACACAAACAAUGGACGGCAACAGCAGCAGCAGCAACAGCGGCAGCAACAUCAAGUGCAACAGCAACAUCAUGGCUGCAAUAUCAACAUCGUCAGCAGCAGCAGGUCCAGUCACUCGGUCAUCAACGGAAACAACGACCAUGUUCUAUGGCUAAUACAAAAGCUACAAACAACAAAUCGCCAACAACAACUAAGCCAAAAGUUCGCCAAAGCAUUUGAUGCUAAAACAACGAGAGGAAAAGCAACAGCAGCAGCAGCAGCAGCCACAUCAACAUUGGCAACACUUUUACGAGUUGCCAACUACCUUGUCCAACGAAUUUUUAGUAUUGCACAAGGCCUGAUCCUCAUCCGGAACCAUUCUAGUUCGAGUAUGCGAUGGCAGCGGGAAGAGCAGCCGCGACGCUGCAGGCUCCGGGACCGCCCAGUGGACAGGACAUAGCCAGCGACAACAGUGCCCAGAGCCGCACGCUGGCCACGAAGGUGCGGCGAAAAGGGCCACGCCCCCAGCGGCGCCUGCACCCGCCCCUGCGAUCCCGCCCGCCGCUCCACCAGCCGCUCCAGCGGCUGCACCUGCUCCACCUGCUGCUCUGGCUGCUGUGCAGCUGCUGCCAACUGGGCCAGCUGAGGGCCGAGUGCCCGGCGGUGUGCGAGUGCAAGUGGAAGAGCGGCAAGGAGUCCGUCUUGUGCCUUAACGCCAACCUCACCCACAUCCCCGAGCCACUGGACGGGGGCACCCAGCUCCUCGAUCUCAGUGGCAAUGAGAUUCAAUCGAUACCCGACGAUAGCUUCGCCAAGGCCCAGUUGCUCAAUCUGCAGAAAGUGUAUCUGGCCAGGUGUCACCUGCGACUGAUCGAGCGCCAUGCCUUCCGCAAGCUAAUCAACCUGGUGGAGCUGGAUCUGAGCCAGAACCUGCUCUCGGCCAUACCCUCGCUGGCCCUCUACCACGUCUCGGAACUCAGAGAACUCCGGCUGAGUGGCAAUCCCAUACUGAGAGUGCCGGAUGACGCUUUCAGCCAUGUGCCGCAACUGGUCAAGCUGGAGCUGAGCGACUGCCGGCUGUCGCACAUUGCGGUGCGGGCCUUUGCCGGGCUGGAGAGCACUCUGGAGUGGCUGAAGCUGGACGGGAAUCGGCUGAGCGAGGUCAGGAGUGGCACCAUCACCUCGCUGGCCUCGCUCCAUGGCCUGGAACUGGCCCGCAAUGCCUGGAAUUGCAGCUGCUCCCUGAGACCUCUGAGGGCCUGGAUGCUGCAGCAGAACAUACCGAGUGGCAUACCGCCCACCUGCGAGUCGCCGCCAAGGUUGUCCGGCCGAGCCUGGGACAAGCUGGAUGUGGAUGACUUCGCCUGCGUACCACAAAUCGUGGCCACGGACACCACAGCCCACGGCGUGGAGGGCAGGAACAUAACCAUGAGCUGCUACGUCGAGGGAGUGCCCCAACCGGCGGUCAAGUGGCUGCUGAAGAACCGCCUGAUAGCCAAUCUUAGUGCUGGUGGGGAUGGAGACUCCGAUUCGGAGCCCAGGACAGCGGCAGCCACGCAGGGCAGGAAGACCUAUGUGGUCAACAUGCUGAGGAAUGCCUCGAACCUGACCAUUCUCACGGCCGACAUGCAGGAUGCAGGGAUCUACACGUGUGCGGCGGAGAACAAGGCUGGAAAAGUGGAGGCCAGUGUCACGUUGGCCGUAUCCCGGCGACCUCCGGAAGCGCCGUGGGGCGUGAGGAUUAUCCUGCUGGGCGUUAUAGCCGCCCUGCUCCUGGUCGGUGGCUCCUCCUUUGCGGCCAUUUGUCUGUGCUCCCUGCAAAGGCGCCGAAAGCUCCGACUGUGGAACUCUGUGCCGCCGGUGAGGAGGAGCGAGAGCUACGAGAAGAUCGAGAUGACGGCCAGAACGAGACCGGAUCUGGGGGGAGGGGCCAGUUGCGGGGGCGGCAGUGCCACGGGCGCCGGACUCUUUCACGACGCCGAGGAGCAGGGCUAUCUGCGGGCAGCCACCCACACCCCCCUGAACGACAAUGAUGCGGGACAGGCGGCGGCCAUCGUGAAUCCGAGUGCGGGAAGUGCCCAGCGGAGAAACGGGGACUACCUGCAUGUGUCCACCCACUGCGACGACGAGGAGGAGGAGCAGCAGCAGCAGCUGCAUCACCAUCCGCAGCACCACCCACAUCCCAAUCAGCAGCAGCAGCAGAGGAAGGGCUCCCAGGGCCAUGUUGCCUCCGCAUCCGGGACGAAUAAUUCAGCACCGCUGGAGGAAACGGAUCUGCACAUACCGCGCCUCAUCGACAUCGGCGGAACCGACUCCGCCUCGAGUUCGAUCUCCAGCCAGGUGGAUGCCGCUGCCCGCUUAGCGGGCUAUGCCGGACACACCUGGAAGACCACGCCCAUAGCCACCACCAAGAUCAAUUCGCCGCACAGCAAGCCGGCCACCUCGGCGGCUUCCUCGUCCUCGGGCACGGCCACGCCCUACGCCCACUACGGCAACCAUCCGCCGGACGAGAUGGCCACCUCGGUGUUCUGCAGCGAGGGCCAGGAGAGCGACCUGUUCGACAGCAACUACCCGGAUCUGCUGGACAUAGCCAAGUACGCGGUGGCCCAGGCACAGCAGCAGGAGAAUCGGGGUCAGGGCUACGGCCAGGCCACGCCCACUCCGAACGGCGGGCUGUGCACCCUGCCCCGGAAGCUGAAGACCAGCGGCAAGUACUUCCGCAACUCGUCGGACAGCCAGUCGCCCCUGCUGGCGGACAACUCCAGUAAGUACGGCAGCAGCACCCUGGGCGACGGAAGUUUCCUCAACGAGGCCAUGGGCCUGGGCAGAAGGUAUUCGGCGGAGUCCAGCUACGCGAACUAUUCGAGCACGGCCACCUACACGGGCGGUGGCCAGCGGUCCAAUAGUUUCCUCAACCUGGUGCAAAGUGGCGCCCACAAGGGCAAUCUGCUGCCGGGCCAUCUGGGUCAGAAGCCCAGCCUGCCCUCGAGUCCCGUGCAGCACCAGCGAUCCCUAUCGAGUGCGGCCACGCCCCUGCUGGACUUCUCGGCCCUGGCUUCUAGGGCGGCGGGAGCUGCCAACUCUUCGGUGGCUGCCUACGACUAUCAUGCCGCUCAGCUGGAGCGGUUCCUCGAGGAAUACCGCAACCUGCAGGAUCAGCUGUGCAAGAUGAAGGAGACCUGCGACACGAUCCGGAAGAAGGAAACCCCCCUGCGGGUGGCCAUCGGCCAGUCGGCCGCCCAGCUGGCGGACCCCGUGAUGUACAGUGCAGCCUCGCACAGUCCGAAGCCGCAGGCGACCAGCAAUCUGAAGGCCAAGACCCUGCUGCCAGGACAACCGCCGGAUCCACCGCCCUACUGGCUGCACCGCAACGCCAUGCUGAAGCGCUUGAACGCGGACGGGGGUGGAGGCGCUAAUGGUGGGUCCGGAAUGGGAUCCCCUUCGCCCGCCUCCCCGCAGCCCGGGCAGGAUAUUUUCAAGAGCUAAUCGCAAUCGUGUACAGCCGGAGGAUUAAGUAAAGGGGCAGGAGGAAGGUCGAGAGACUUCGGAACGCCGAAGAUGGCCUGAGCUUGCGGGGAGCGAUUAAUGGUCUUUAAAUGGAAAGGAACUGCGUGAUACAACAAAAUAAAAGGUUUUAAAAUUUGUUUUAAAAUUUUGGUAGUCUUUAAAAAAUAUCAGAAAUUCAUAUUUGCUUUCAAUAAUUUAAUUCCGUUAAUUUUCUUUUGUUUUAUCUAACUUCAUUAUAGCUCGUUUAUAUAUUUUAUUCGUUUAAAAAAUAAUGAAAAUAAUUUAAAAGUUUAAAAAAUAUCCAAAAAAAAGUUUGAUAAAUUCGAAAAUAUCAUUUUAAAUCCUUAUAAAAGACCAAUCAAACUUAAACCCUGCCAGCUCUUGCCCUUCGAUAAAAUGCAUUUGUCUGGGUAGUUAGAUAGGCCUAGGUAGCUGGAGGACACUUAACUGGUUCGAUGCCCAGCCCCUCUGUUGUAUUAUAGAAACACUUUUCCACUCUUUAUACUCGCUACUAUGCAAUAUUAAACACGACCCCGAGCAGCGGAGGUCAAACAAACAUAAGACAUUGUAAGUGUAUAGACAGCAUUCCCUUAGAAGAAGACACUGACUCGAAAACACACCUAUCGGAACCUAAUCCUAGAAUGCCCCAAAAAGCUCUCGUGUUAGUCUAACUACAAGUGUUUUUGUACUUUAAGCGAUCUCAAUAUAAACAAGGAUAAUAUAGAUGACCUUAAAUACCAUAAGUAUGAGUUGGCACAGACUGCAGAUCGAUAGAUUGAUUGACAUUGAUUGAUAUUGUUUGAUUGUUAGACGUUUGUUUUUCAGUUCCGCAGUUCCGGUCACAAAUUGUAAGCCAAUUAGAUUCAGACUCUAAAUUGUAAUUAAAAAAGGAUAAAGACAAAAACCAAAAACGUAUUUUAGGGUGUCACUAAACUAAAGCUCGAAAGCAUUUCACCCAAACCAACCAGAGAAAGCAAAAAUAAAAUUAGUUGAGAAUUGAAAGAAA